GUUGAAGUGGGACAAGCUUCUCAGCUGUAAAAGCUCGAACGGAUCCAGGUUCCAUCUAGCGGAUGAACAGGGGGGCAUUGCCGCUGAAUAUCAGUCGUUGAUUGGCUAAAUGACGUAUCUAGCUGUAAUUAGCUGACAUAGGUUCCCUGAAUCUGCAGGCCUUGAGCAGCUAUCGACAUUCCACAACGGGUGUUGAAUAGGCAAUUGUACGAAGGACUUGAAAGUAUAUAUUGCUACUGCUAUGUAACCCAAAAUUCUGUAUAGUCAUUCAAAUUUCACCAUAAAUACAUACACUUGGGCACGGCACAUACCAUAUUAAUCACUGCUUCACUCACAAAUCUUCAACCCUAAGAACUACUCCACCUUCAGAACAGCAAACAACAUUCAAGAUGGGACACGAUACACAGCUAGCCCCCCUUCCUAGGCCGAUAGGCGUCUUCGCGCCCUUCAUCGCGAGGCAAACUGAGACGUUGGUUCUGAAGGAGAAGGUCGUGUCAUUGUCUGGGAAUAGCUUCGACAUCAGUCUCGCCAACGGCCAGCCUAUUUUCAAGGUGUCAGGGGAGACCUUCUCACUCUCCCAGCGCAUGAACGUUUUGGAUAUGAGUGGUAAUCAACUAUUCUGUAUCCGCAAGAGACAUUUGAGCAUACACACCACAUACUACGCCGAAGGCGCCAAUGGUCAGGAGAUCUUUGAGGUGAAGAGCAAAUUUAAGUUGGGUGGCUCCAAAUUCAUAGGCACAUUCACCUCAUCAUCAGGGCAACAGGAGGAACUCCUGAUGAAGGGCGAUUGGACGGACACCAGAGCUGAAAUCACAGACGAAGCUAGCGGACAAGCUGUCGCAGCUAUCUACCGAGACCGUUGGAAUGCGCGGGAACUUCUAGGUGACCAACAGACUUACAAAGUCGCGAUCGCGCCGAAUAUGGAUAUGGCUAUCGUUGCCGCUAUGUGCAUCUGUCUCGAUAUGAAGAGGAACGAAGGGAAUUAGUAUGAUAGUAGCAAUGGCAGAAGCGGCGGCGAUAAAAUUAUUUGAUUUGUUGUCUAAGCUCAUCCACGUUGCUUUUCUGGGUCCGAUACGGUUUGUACGGUUGUUAGCUCAUGAAGUCGGUUUAUCGGUAUACCUUCAAAUGUUUUUAAAAAAAAAAAAUAUCUUCUAAAAUAAUGAGAUACGAAGUACGAUAGUUAUAUAUUCUCAGCAAGGGGAAUCCUGGCUUGGCUAAAGACUUUGAGUUUCGUAUUGAAGAAUACAUGAAGUGAUGCUAGUUAAAAGUGAAAAAUAAAAUCAAAAUCAAUUUGAACUUCAAAUG